UUCAUCACGGAGUUUCUCUCGGUUUGUGGGCUCAUCUAAAGCUGAUCAUCAGGAGGAGACGAGCCAUUUAGACUCAGCUCAGCCACUACAGAGGAAACAAUGACUUCAACCCAAAAGGACCAACAUGGAGCGAGAAGUCAGCGCUCUCAGGAGGCCGAGAUACCUCACAGAAGAAAGAGAGAGAAAAAAUACAGCUGUGAUGAAUGUGGGAAAGAUUUUACCAAGGCUAAACACCUGAAAACACACCAACUCAUCCACAGUGGAGUUAAACCGUACAGCUGUGACUUGUGUGGAAAAUCAUUCACCCAACUUGGACACUUAAAAACACACCAGCUCAUCCACAGUGGAGUUAAAGCACACAGCUGUGAUCAGUGUGGUAAAUCUUUUGCUCUCAGUUGCACCUUAAAACGUCAUCUAGUUACCCACUCUGGAAUUAAAGCGUACAGCUGUGACAUUUGUGGAGAAACUUUCAGUCGGCUAGGGAGCCGAAAUAUUCACCAACGGAUUCACACUGGACAUGAUGUUUGCUGCUGUGUUCAGUGUGGAAAACUGUUUACAACACAUGCACAGUUACAACGCCACAUGUUUACCCACAAUGAGGAGAGAUUUUAUAAAUGUGAUCUGUGUGAUAAGACUUUUAAAUCUCCAUGUAACCUGAAAGAACACAGAGAGAUCCACACCAGAAAGAAACUCUACAAGUGCAGUUACUGUGAGAAGCAGAGCGACACAGAUGGAUCCAGUUCUGAACCCUGUCGUCAGUGUGGUGGUGGGAAAGAGUUUCGCUGUGACCUUUGUGGAAAAACUUACAGUCGUCCAGAGAGCCUAAAAAUACAUCAACGUAGACACACUGGAGACAAAAUGAACUACUGCAAAGAAUGUGGGAGAGGCUUCCCCACUAUAAGUGAAUUAAAAAUACAUGAACUUUGUCACAGUGGGGUUAAAAAGCACAUCUGUGACCAGUGUGGGUCAUCCUUCACCACUGCAGGUUGCCUUAAAAAACACAAACGAGUCCACACAGGAGAGAAACCAUACAAGUGCAGACACUGUGACAAAAGUUUCUCAGGUCCAGAUAAUCGGAAGCUUCAUGAACGUACACAUGUUGAAGGGAACUUCAGCUGUGACCAGUGUGACAAGAGCUUUAGGAAUCUCAGUUCAUACUCUGCACACAAACGAUCCCACGCUGUAAAUAAACUGUUUCACUGUUACCAAUGUGCAAAAACAUUCACUUCAUUGUCUGCUCUGUGCAAACAUCAGCGUGAUCAUGAAAUCAUUCCCAUAAAUGGAUCACAAUGAAUCUGCAGAGACAGAAAGAUCCUCUUCUGGUUUCAGACUUAAAAACCUUGAGAUCAGGCUCCACAGGCUCCAAGUUUGAAACUGAAGUGGGCUUGGGCUGUAUUUCUGUGAAAUACCAAUUUGAACCACAAGGUGGAGCAGCAAGUCCAUCUAAGCUUCAUUUGAUCAGGCAAAGAACAUAUUUAUACUUACAGUAGUGGCCUGCAGAGGGCAAAGCAUCUUUAGAAAAUUGGAGAACUGUUAGACGUUAAAGUUUGCAGAUGACUGCUAUUGUUCAUCAGCUCCAGGACAGUGAGAUGAGCGAUGGCCAAGAACUCUGUUUUUUUUUUUUGUUUGUUUGUUUGUUUUUUGUUAAUAGCUUGUUUAAUCAUUACUUCUUUGGUUUGGUGUGAUGGCUAUGAUUGAUGACUGUCUGCAAAAAGUUUGUAAAACUGACGGUGAUAAAGAUGUUAAUGAAAACCUUUAAAACAAAAACAAUUUUAUUCCAGUAGUUAGAUGAAUAAAUUAACCAACAAUAAAACUGUGUUCAUCAAACUAGUGAAUCUGAUCGCUACCUCUAUUGGUAUCUGCAUUUGGGUUCAGCUCUUGUGUCGGUCUGGAAAAAUAACGUUGAAGUCAGACAAUUAUAAAAGAAUAAUAAAAAAGAAAACACUGAAGCAAAUUUACAAAGCACCAACACGCCCUGCUGUAAGACAUGAUGGAUGCAGAGAGAAGGGGAAAGUUACCCAGAUCCAUCCAUCCAUCCAUCCAUCCAUCCAUCCUUUUCCCCCUAUCCCAGCUGUCUUAAUGGAAGAUGCAGGGUACACCCUGGACAGGUCGCCAGUCCGUCACAAGGCUAACACAUCACAGCAAAAGAUGAAAAUAGGCCACACACACAAUGAAAACCAGGAUAUAAACAUGUAUAUAUUUUAUAUGACUUUUAAAACUGAAAAAAGAGAUAAACAGAUUUAUUAACUAUCUACAGCAGCAGUCCCCAGCCUUUGUUGCGCCAUGGACUGGUUUAAUGUCAGACAAUAUUUUCAUGGACUGGCUUUUAAGAUGGAUAAAUACAACAAAAUAAAAUGAUACGACCCAGACAAAAACUGUGGAAUUUUGUAAAUAAAAUAAAAAACGUGAAUUCACUGUGGAAUUGUGUAACUUUAUUAGCAGCGUCCCCAGGAAAUGCGCCCACAAGAUUGAGAGCAACAUCCUCCUCUCUGCCCCUUAAUGCUCUCUGGUCACUAUGGUAACAUGUAAAUGUUUCUUUCAAAAUAAGACACACAACUACAACAUGGGAAAAAGACCCAUGGAAAGAGAGUUAAUGAAAACCAUAAAUUUCAUGCCCAAGCCUCGACUCUCGCGGCCCGGUACCAAACAACUCACGGACUGGUACCGGUCCAUGGCCCGGGGGUUGGGGACCGCUGAAAAUGGUUUAACAUUUAACAUUGCAUACAAGACUUACAGGCAAAUACAGAAACCAAUUUCAGUGUGUUUUUCUUUUUAAGUUUAAAACAUAUCUUAAGUUGUAAGACAAUGAAUUUUACUUCUGACUGUCCAUGUUAUGUAGCAGUAUCCAUUUUAUCAUGCAUGUAUGCUACUUUUCUCUGCUGACUGUAAAUGUUUUUCUUUUGUAUUCAUGAAAUAAACUAACUUUCACAGUCUG